AUGCCGUUAAUCGUAGUUUCAGGUCUCCCGACCUCGGGCAAGACGACCCGCGCAAAACAGCUACAGGCCCACCUAGCAGCACGCAUCGCUGCCGCCGCCGCCGCCGACGGCAGCAGCAAACAGUCACCACCGUACCGACUUCACUACAUCUCCGACUCGACGCUCUCGAUAUCGCGCGAUGUAUACGACCUCGACCCGAACAAGGUGCGCGCGCACACGCGCUCCGCCAACGCCUCGGAGAAGGACGCCAGGGCGGCUGUUUAUGGGGCCGUGAAGCGCGUGCUGUCGGACCGGGAUAUCGUUAUUCUGGAUGGCAUGAAUUACAUAAAGGGGUGGCGGUACCAGCUACACUGCGAGGCUAAAGCUAUGAGGACGCCGAGCGUCGUGCUUCAGAUUGGAUGUGGAGUUGAAAGAGCUAGGGGGAUAAACGAGGAGAGGUUGAGGAGGCGAGAGACGGCUGCAACGACGACCACGACAGAAGAGACAGAAGGGGCGGACAGCCAGCCCUCGGAAGGUUCGAGAGACACCACCGAGGACGAGAACAAGCGAGACGACAACGACGAAGAGCAACAGCCCUACGACACCGACAACUGGGACAACCUCGUCUUCCGCUACGAGGAGCCAAACCCAAUGACGCGCUGGGACAGCCCCCUCUUCACCCUCAUCUGGGACGACGACGCAGCGCAGACGGCCAAAGUAUGCGACCACAUCUGGGACGCGGUAGCGGGCACAGGCCGGAAAGCCAUCAAGCCCAACCAGGCGACGGUCCAGCGCAGCCGCGAGACGAGCGGGGAUUAUCUGUACGUGCUGGACCGCGAGACGCAGGAUGUUGUCAAGAGGAUUUUGGAGGCGCAGGCUGAGGGGGAGGAGGGCGGGGAGGUUAGGGUCUGGGAGGGUGAUGAUGGGGCAUCGGCGGCAGCGGGAGCAGCAGGGGGAGGAGCGGGAGGGGAGAAGAAGAAGGAGCUUGUUGUACAGCUUCCUGGUCGCAAGGUCGGGCUGCCGCAGCUUCAGAGGCUGAGGAGGGCGUUUGUGGGUUUGAAUCGUGGGGGCAUUGGGCUUGAGGGCGUAGGGAACUUUAGUGCGGAGAGGAUGAGGGAGAGCUUUGUUGGGUAUCUGAAUGAUACGUUUGAGAAUGAGGGAUGA